AUGUACUCGAUUCGGCCGACGUCAGUAAAUAUCGCAGCACAGAACGAUUGCGAUGUCGAUGUUAAAGGGAGCUUCGAGGCUUGCUUUGAGAGGUGGUGCGAGGAGGAUUGCGCCGAUAUGUUGUUCGAGGCGGUCGGCGUCCUUUUAUCUGCGGAUUUGGAGCAUGCAGAUCCAGCUGUUUAUGAUAUUCUUCAAAAGGAAAAACAUAGACAAAAGCACUUCAUUAAUCUUAUCCCCUCCGAAAACUUCACAUCGCAAGGAGUUCUAGAUGCUUUAGGGAGUGUUAUGCAAAAUAAAUACUCGGAAGGAUAUCCAGGAGCGAGAUAUUAUGGCGGAAAUGAGUUUAUUGAUCAAUCAGAGAGGUUGUGUCAGUCUAGAGCUCUGCAGACUUUUGGAUUGAAGGAUACGGAUUGGGGGGUUAAUGUACAGCCUUUGUCCGGAUCGCCCGCGAACCUUUACGCAUAUUCUGCUCUCCUUAAUACACACGAUCGAAUAAUGGGGUUGGACUUACCACAUGGUGGACAUCUUUCACAUGGAUACCAAACUCCUACCAAGAAGAUCUCGGCGAUUUCAAAGUACUUCGAGACUCUACCGUACCGACUGGACGAAUCGACUGGAUUGAUUGAUUAUGUCAAGCUGGAGGAAAUGGCAAUGUUAUACAGACCGAAGCUUAUUAUCGCAGGGACCUCUGCGUACAGCAGACUAAUCGACUACAGCAAGUUCCGCCAGGUUGCGGAUAAAGUUGGGGCAUACUUGUUGGCAGAUAUGGCACAUAUUUCUGGCUUGGUCGCCGCCAAAGUCAUUCCUUCACCAUUCGAUUUCGCAGAUGUCGUUACUACUACCACACAUAAAUCAUUGCGAGGGCCAAGAGGUGCUAUGAUUUUCUUCCGAAGGGGUGUUAGAAGAGUUGACCCAAAGACGAAGAAGGAAGAGAUUUGGGAUUUGGAGAAUCCUAUUAAUGCGUCGGUGUUCCCGGGACAUCAAGGUGGACCACAUAAUCAUACAAUCACAGCUCUUGCCGUUGCACUAAAGCAAGCUCAGAGCACUGAGUUUAGAGCAUACCAAGAAGCCGUUCUAGCCAAUGCCAAAUCCUUUGCGAAACGACUGGGAGACUCAAAGGAAUCUGGUGGUCUUGGCUAUACAAUCGUAUCUGGAGGUACCGAUAACCACCUGGUUCUCGUCGACCUUAAACCCCAAGGCGUAGAUGGCGCCAGAGUCGAGCGCGUCCUCGAGCUCGUCGGAGUCGCAAGCAACAAGAACACCGUCCCAGGCGACAAAUCCGCCUUGAAACCCGGUGGUCUUCGAAUGGGCACUCCAGCCAUGACCACCCGCGGUUUCCAACCCGAAGAUUUCGUCCGUGUCGCAGACGUCGUAAACCGCGCCGUCACCAUCACGCAACGUCUCUCCAAAACCGCGCGAGAAUCUGCGGAAUCGAAGGGACGCAAGAAUCCAGCGAGUGUGAAGGCGUUCCUGGAGUACCUUGGGGAGGGCGAACAUGAGCGCGAGAUUGUGCAGUUGAGGAGUGAGGUUGAGGAGUGGGUUGGGACGUUCUCUUUGCCAUGGGAAUAG